CCCACCAGAUAAGAGUCACACUCUACCUUCUUCAUCAAUCAUCAUGCACCUUCUUUUCUAUACCUAACAACAUUUCAAGCUCUAUCUCUGCAACACACCACAAAUCCUCAAAACCUUUCGCUCUCCCUCUUCCUCUCCAUCAUGGACACCAAAUCCAGCUCAGAAUCAGAAGUCGUCACCAUUGAUGUUCUAAAAGCUAAAGAUUUUCUCCGUAACAGCGGCUACCGUUACCUUGACGUCAGGACUGAAGAAGAAUUUAAGAAAGGGCAUGUUGAUUUUGAUGGUGCUCUCAACAUUCCUUACAUGUUUAACACCCCUGAAGGUAGGGUGAAAAAUCCCAAGUUCAUGGAACAAGUGCUACCAGUGUGUAACAAGGAUGAUCAUCUUAUUGUGGGCUGCCAAUCAGGAGUUCGAUCUGUAUAUGCAACAAUUGAUCUUCUUAAUACAGGAUUCAAGCAUUUAUACAACAUGGGAGGUGGAUACCUUGCAUGGGUAGAGAAUGGGCUCCCUGUGGCUGUAGGCCCUAUGGUCCAAACGAAGCCCGAUCAGGUCAUUUCCAGCUCGAAAACCGGAUCGGAACUGGUUCAAAAUAAGCCCGAUCCGGUUCUUUCAGGUCCAACCGGUUAAUGAUGAUUUUGUGUACUUUUGAGGAAACUGAUUCGAGGUCCAAUUAUGCUUAACCUGUUAUACGGUUCAGGGUCCGGUCAAGUUACCAGUUGUUUUUUAUAAAUAUAUAUAUAUCUUAUUGGAACAAAGAAAUUGUUAAAAUAAAUGUAAUUUUUUUAAAAACA